AUGGACGGCAAUGGCGCCAUCUGGUGGACUUGCUUCAACAAGAAGAAAUGUCGUGUCCGGCCAAUUCUGCUAGCAUUCGCAAGCUGCAACAACCUAUCCGUGAAGAACAUACACCUGAAGGACAGCCCAGACAAGCACAUGACCUUGUUCCGGUGCAGCCAGGUGCAGGUGAACAACGUCUCCGUCAGGGCGCCAGGCAAAAGCCCUAACACGGACGGGAUCACCAUGUCCUUAUCCGACCACGUUUAUAUCUCGAAUUGCUCUUUCAAAACCGGUGACGACUGCGUGUCGAUUCUAUCAGGGACCAGUGAUGUUAAUAUCACCAACAGCGCGUGUGGGCCUGGUCAUGGCAUCAGUGUGGGAAGCCUUGGAGGCAACAAUACGACAGCACUUGUGGAAAGGAUUACAGUAUCCAACUGCAGCUUUUCUAAAACUAUGACUGGUGUUAGGAUCAAAUCGUGGCAGGGUGGCAGUGGCAAAGCAAAUGGUUUCCUUUUUGAGAACCUCAACAUGACUGAUGUCCAAUAUCCUAUUGACAUUGACCAGUUCUAUUGUCCCCCGGGAAAUUGUCCGCCACAGGAUAGCGCUGUGGCCAUAUCUGACGCCAGGUUCAUCAACAUCCACGGGACAUCCUCCAACCCCAAAGCCAUCCGGAUUCUGUGCAGCCAGAGUGUGCAGUGUCGCGGCAUCUAUCUUGACAACAUUAACCUCUCCUGCUCUCGGCAUACCGCCCGAACACGAGCCACUAUUUCAAAUGCCUACGGAACCAUUGAGGGCACGGUGAAACCACAUGUACAGUUCCUAGGCGCUUGAUAAAGAGUACUCUCCGCUGUUUAACACACAUAACAAGUCUAGAUAGGUAGACGAAGGAGCAGCACAAUGCUACUGUAGGUAGAUGAGUGCCAUGUAAGGAGUAGAGUACCCGCUGAAAUUAGAUUGAUUCUUCUAUUGAUGCUUGGUGCUAUCUCA